AUGUCUUCGCCAUUUAGAAACGGGAAUAAUUUACCAAGCUCUGCCUUUGGUGACGAUACUCAGGAUUCGCAGGGCAAUGGACCGAACAUGCCAUCAUCGAUGCCGCCUGCUCACCAGUCUUCUCCUCCAUUUUCAUCGAUGGGGGCUACAUACGCUGGCGGAAUUGGUUCUGAGGCUCCAGAUGCCACACCCGUAUUCCCUAGCUCGUCGAGGUCCAUCGGUGCCGCUAAUAGAAGCUCACAGUUGCCCAUAGACGGUAGUGAGAGUUUUGAUAGAGCCAGAGAAACCGAAGGAGAAUUCGAGGAGAAUAAUCUGCCACUGGAUGGUGUCCGAAGACGCAACCUGAAUACCAUAAAGAAAGUUGAUGAUCUUACGGGUGAAAAAGUACGUGAAGCUUUUGAACAUUUUCUGGAAGAUUUUACGGUCGAGACGGAUGAUGACGGCGAGGAAAACCACCGCACGAUCAAAGCAUACCGCUCCCAAAUACAAUUCAUGAAGAUUUACGAUCUUAGCACCAUAUAUGUCGAUUACCAGCACCUGUCCACGCGUGAAAAUGGCGCUCUUGCGUUGGCGAUCGCGGAACAGUACUAUCGUUUCCUGCCCUUCCUGCAAAGGGGCCUGAAAAGAAUUAUUCGCAAGUAUGCACCUGAGCUACUGUUAACUUCAGAUUCGGUAAGUUCUCAAACGACUGAAAAUUUAGAUACGCAGAACAAUUCGGCACCGGACUCGCUACAACAGGGAAGCCAAGCUACUGGAGUGUCAGGCAGUGGUGCUGUUAACCCAAGCUCUGGAUUUGCGACAGGUGGCUCGACAGUUGGGUCUCCCGAGCAAACAGAGCGAGUUUUUCAGAUCAGCUUUUUUAACCUCCCAACCGUUCACCGCAUAAGGGAUGUCAGAGCUGAAAAGAUUGGCUCUUUGAUGACAAUAUCGGGGACCGUGACAAGAACGUCUGAAGUACGCCCCGAACUUUUCAAAGCGAGUUUCAACUGUGACAUGUGCCGUGCUGUCGUUGAUAAUGUCGAACAAGUUUUCAAAUACACUGAGCCUACUUUCUGUCCAAACCCCUCCUGCGAGAACCAGGCUUUUUGGACACUCGCUGUUGGGCGAUCCAAAUUUUUGGACUGGCAAAAAGUUCGAAUUCAAGAAAACGCUAAUGAGAUUCCGACUGGAUCAAUGCCUCGUACUAUUGACGUUAUUCUCAGGGGCGAUUGUGUUGAAAGGGCAAAGCCUGGCGACAGAUGCAAGUUUACUGGUACAGAGAUUGUCGUUCCCGACAUUACCCAAUUAGGCUUGCCUGGAGUUAAACCAAGUGGUUCGGCCGAUAAUAGGGGCAUGUCACGAAGCUCUGAGGGCCUAAAUACGGGUGUGAGUGGACUAAAGUCGUUAGGUGUUCGUGACUUGACAUACAAAAUUAGCUUUUUAGCCUGCCAUGUAAUACCGACCGGCCAGAAUAGCAAUAAUGGAUCGGCUUCCAGCGAUGAUAAUGCUGAUUUACUAAAUAUGCAGGUCAACCACACCAGCAAUGAUGGCGAAAGAGAUCAAGAAAUCUUUUUGAACAGCUUAAACUCUCAAGAGAUAAACGAGCUUAAAGAAAUGGUCAAGGAUGAGCAAAUUUACGAUAAACUGGUUAGGUCCAUAGCGCCCGCUGUAUUUGGCCAUACAACUGUGAAGAAGGGAAUCUUAUUACAGAUGCUCGGAGGUGUGCACAAGACCACUGUCGAAGGGAUUAACCUAAGGGGUGAUAUUAAUAUCUGUAUUGUUGGUGAUCCAUCUACCUCUAAGUCACAGUUUCUCAAGUAUGUUUGUGGAUUUGCCCCCAGAGCCGUUUACACUUCUGGUAAGGCUUCCUCUGCUGCUGGGUUGACAGCUGCUGUAGUCAAAGAUGAAGAGGCGGGUGACUUUACAAUUGAAGCAGGUGCGCUCAUGUUAGCGGACAACGGCAUCUGUUGUAUCGACGAGUUUGACAAAAUGGACAUUUCAGACCAAGUUGCUAUUCACGAGGCUAUGGAACAACAAACAAUCUCCAUCGCAAAAGCGGGUAUUCAUGCAACUUUAAAUGCGAGAACGUCCAUUCUGGCCGCUGCGAACCCUAUUGGUGGUAGAUAUAAUCGAAAGCUGACGCUGAGAGGUAACUUAAACAUGACAGCUCCGAUUAUGUCGAGAUUCGAUCUGUUCUUUGUGGUGCUGGACGACUGCAAUGAGAAGAUUGACACCGAGCUUGCCGCGCACAUCGUGGACCUGCACAUGAAAAGAGACCAGGCAAUUGACCCACCUUUUACGGCAGAACAACUGCGCCGGUACAUCAAGUAUGCUAGGACAUUCAAACCUGUGAUGAAUGAGGAGGCCAGAACGUAUCUCGUCGACAAAUACAAAGAGCUACGGAAGGACGACGCUCAAGGUUUUAGCAAGUCCAGUUAUAGAAUUACGGUGAGACAACUGGAGAGUAUGAUUAGACUCUCAGAGGCGAUCGCAAGAGCUAACUGCGUGGAUGAAAUCACGCCCAACUUUGUGGCAGAGGCCUUCGAAUUGUUGCGCCAGAGCAUUAUCCGUGUUGACGUCGAGGACGUGGAUGUGACCGCAGAAUCAGACGAGGAGAUCAACGAGUCACAUUCGCCCAGCAAUGAUAUUCCAGGCGGCGCAGAGAGCUCGCCUGCUCACUCUCCUGCGCCCGUCGCUCCUGAACCAAAACCGAAGGAAAAAGUGACCAUCUCUUACGACAAAUACGCGGCUAUGAUCAACCUCAUCGUACAGAAAGUUGCCCAAGAGGACCAAGAGGGAGGCGAUGAGCUGACGGCCUCCGAUAUCGUUGACUGGUAUCUGCUACAGCGAGAGAACGACCUUAACAGUGAGUCUGAGUACUGGCAAGAACGAAAACUUGCAUUCAAGGUCAUCAAGAGACUGGUGAAGGACAAGAUUUUGAUGCAGGUGCAUGGAAACAUGCAAGCCCUGGCAGAACAUGAGUCCGCACAUCCCACGCCAGAAAAAAUUGUCUACGUUAUACACCCCAAUUGUGCUGUUUUGGAUAACAUUGUUGGCUCAUCACCCAGGUGA